AUGUCUCUAGUGAUCCCUGAGAAGUUCCAGCACAUUUUGCGAGUACUCAACACCAAUAUCGAUGGGCGGCAGAAAAUAGCCUUUGCCAUCACUGCAAUUAAGGGUGUGGGGCGAAGAUAUGCUCAUGUAGUGUUGAGGAAAGCAGACAUCGAUCUCACCAAAAGGGCCGGAGAGCUCACUGAGGAUGAGGUGGAACGUGUGAUCACCAUUAUGCAGAAUCCUCGCCAGUAUAAGAUCCCAGACUGGUUUUUGAACAGACAAAAGGACGUGAAGGAUGGAAAGUACAGCCAGGUCCUGGCCAAUGGUCUGGACAACAAACUUCGUGAAGACCUGGAGAGACUGAAGAAAAUUAGGGCCCACAGAGGGCUGUGCCACUUCUGGGGACUUCGUGUCCGAGGCCAGCACACCAAGACCACAGGGCGCUGUGGCCGCACCGUGGGUGUGUCCAAGAAGAAAUAA